UAAUUUAAACUGAAGGGAGUCCGCAUGAAUUUGUAGCUUUGGACUAAACUACAUAAUUGUUGUUUUUUUUCUCCUUAAAUCCUUUCUUGUCCUUCCAAAAUUCAAGUAAGGUCAGAUUCUAACAUGAAUCUUCGAAUUACAUAAAUACUCAAUCAGUACACUAAUUUUCAAUCCUAUUGUUCUCUCAUUUAUUCUCCCUCAACAAAUCAGAUGAAUAACAUAACAUUACAUGCAUAUUGAACCUUCGUUUCAAUUAUUUACAAGGUUCCAUUUCUUAUGCAAUAGGAAAUAUGACGAAUCUAGAAUAUUUAGGUCUUCGUGCUAACCAUUUCACUCGUUCUAUUCCUUCCACUCUACUUCAUCUAACCAAUUUGGAAAUCUUGGACCUUGAUUCAAAUCUUUUAGAAGGUUCAAUACCCAUAGAGAUAGGGCAUUUAAAACUUUUACAAUAUUUGGAUCUUUCCCAAAACAGAUUGUCUGGACCCAUCCCAACACAACUUGCGAAUUGCUCCAGUUUAAGGGACGUGUUGCUGAGCCACAAUUUCAUUAGUGGAGAAAUACCUUCACAACUGGGGGAUUUACCAUGGUUGAGAACCUUGAAUCUUAGUUACAAUAAUCUCUCAGGCCAAAUCCCAAAUAACUUGCAUUAUUUUCCGAAUAGCUCUUUCAUAGGCAAUAAGGGAUUAGAGCAUCAUCUUACUUCCUCAAGCAACAAAGUGCUAAGAUAUGUUGAAAUUAUUCUUCCUAUCACCAUAUUUCUUGCCUUGGUAUCUCUAGCAUUGUUGUUGCUUUUCCAAAGAAUAGAUGGAUCUCAAAGUAUGGUAGCAUAUUCAAGUCGAACAGAAAAUGGAGAUGUAUUCUCAAUAUGGAACUUUGAUGGGAAGGUUGCAUAUGAAGACAUCAUUGCAGCAAUUGAAGACUUUGACAUCAAAUAUUGCAUUGGUACCGGUAGUUAUGGUAGUGUUUACAGAACACAAUUGCCAAAUGGAAAAGUAGUUGCCUUAAAGAAACUUCAUAGGAGGGAAGCAGAGGAGCCAGCUUUUGACAAGAGUUUCAAAAAUGAGGUUAAGAUGUUGACAGAAAUACGACAUAGGAACAUUAUCAAGCUUCAUGGGUUCUGUCUGCAUAGAUGGUUCAUGUUUUUGAUCUAUGAAUACAUGGACAGGGGAAGCUUGUUUUGUGUCCUUAGAGAUGAUAAUGAAGCUAUGGAAUUGGAUUGGAUCAAAAGGGUGAAUAUCAUAAAAAACACAGCAUAUGCUUUGAGUUACCUUCACCAUGACUGCAUCCCACCUAUCUUCAUCAAGACAUAUCAACAAACAACAUUCUAUUGAACUCAGAGUUGGAGGCCUUUGUUUUUUACUUUGGAAAUGUUAGGUUUUUGGAUCCUGAUUCAUCUAAUCAUACCAUACUUGCAGGCACCUAUGGUUAUAUUGCCCCAGGUUUUUUCUAUCAACAUAACAACAUUCUUCUUCUAUUGUCUUAUUUCACUAUUUACUAUUAAAUUGACAUGUGAAAUAUGUAAUUUACCUAUGCAGAGCUUGCUUAUACAAUUGUUGUGAUUGAGAAAUGUGAUGUUUACAGCUUUGGGGUUGUAGCAUUGGAGGUACUAAUGGGAAGGCAUCUUGGAGAAUUGUUGACAUUGUUAUCAAAACCAUAUUCUUUGCAAAAUGUGAUGCUAAGUGAUGUAUUAGACACACGUCUAUCGCCUCCAAGAAGAACAACUAUUACCCAAAGUAUUGUUGUUGCUGUUAUGCUUGCAUUGGUUUGCUUGCGUGCAAAACCUAUGGCUAGACCAACAAUGAAAUAUGUGUCUCAAC